GAGAGACGGCUGCAUAUAAGGGUUCCUGGCCUGGGACGCAGUCACCCAUUGUGGGAUUCUGGGACAAAGUGUUCGGUUGUUCAGAGAACUCUAGUUCCACCGCAACGUAGUCCGCUGCACAAGCAUUCUGGUAAUCUGUGAAUCAUUGGGGUCAACGAAACGAGACUUGAGCGAUCACGGGACACUGAUAUUUAUGAUAGCGAAGUUGCAAGCAUGUCGGCUCGGAAGAGAACGAUAGAUGCCUUCUUCGGGGGCCCCUCAUCCAAGAAGGCGAAGCCGUCCGCGAUAAACCUGCCAACAGGAGCUACCAGCAACGGGCAGACGACUCAAGCGGUUCACGGCUCUGAUGAAGGGCGAAAGGAAAUUAACGCCCAGAUUGGCUUUUCAGAACACGAUAGCUAUCCAUUCCCCAUUGCUCAUCUGCCACAACACAUCAAGGCUGAGCUGUCGUCCCUCCCGAGCAGUCUCGAAAGGGUCAUCAACGACCAGCCUGAUCUAGACUUAGUCUACUACGAGCCGUACAUACCCCGUUCUUCUGCAAAAGACCUGUUCUACCAUCUCCGCUCGUCGCUGCCUUUCUACAGAGUCGAAUACGAUAUCCAGCGUGGAGGCUUCUCGACGCACAUACGCACACCCCGGUGGACCACUGUCUUUGGAGUGGACGACACGAGCCAUUUUGCAUCGUCCCUCACAUCACCAGAAGGUAGCCUAUCAGAAACCUCGCUACUAGAAGACCCAGGAGACCAAGCAGACUCAACGGCAAGCAAGAUUGUGGUCGACGCCAAGACCCUCAAGCCAGUCGACGUGGCCAAGGAGAAGCUCUACUCGGGGUAUACACACCCGCGCCCGAUCCCCAAGUGUCUGGACGACCUGCGCAUCAGCACGCAGCGCGCAGCAGGUUGCACCUUCAACUUCUGCCUGGUAAACUACUACGCCAGCGGGGCGGACAGCAUCUCGUACCACAGCGACGACGAGCGCUUCCUGGGGCCCUUGCCGGCGAUCGCGAGCUUCAGCCUCGGUGCGCGAAGGGACUUUAUGAUGAAGCAUAAGCCCCCACCAAAGGCCGGGGCUGGGAAGGACGAGCAGGCCAACAACGAUGCCAAGCCCAUCAAGCUGCCGCUCGGGAGUGGUGACAUGAUCCUCAUGCGCGGGACUACGCAGGCCAACUGGCUGCACUCGAUCCCCAAGCGAAGCGGCAAGAACGAGGCCGACGGCGGGCGGAUCAACAUAACUUUCCGCCGCGCCAUGGUCAAGGGCGGGACAGACAAUUACUAUCGGUACAACGUCGGAACUGGUCCUGUAUACACGUGGGAUGAGGUGAACCAGGAGAUGCGGCCGUGGAAGAAGGACAUUUGAAGACUGAUCACCACGGAGCAUUGCGUAUAUGACGAUGCAGGGGAGCUGGUAAGGUGAUUAUCAUUUUGA